AUGCCCGCUCGCUCUCUCCUCCACCCCCCAAUCCCGGGACGCGGGCCGUUUCCCCCCACAGCCCGGCGCCCUCUGCCCCCGGCCCGCCUCGCGUGCAGGUGGAGCGGGGUUCGCGGCGCGCGGCUGCCCGGGAGUUGCGGAGAAGGGCACCCCGGGGUCCCACUUGCGGUGCCGGGCUGUGCUCACCCCCACGCCCCCGCCCCCAUCCUUCUCCCCCGAACGGGGCUGGGGAGGGGCACAUCUGGCGGACCCCUCCCGGGGCAACUAGGCGGGUUUAGCAGGUGCGCAGCCUGGAACCCCCACACCCACCUUCCAGGGAGAAAAGUGCCGCUGCUUCCCGGGAAGUUCCCGGCUUUUCAGCACCCGGGACAACAGCAGCGGUGCCCGGGGAGACGCUCUCCACCCGCCCCGUGCUCGCGUCCAGUCGCCGGCUGCGUGUUCUUCUGCCCGGGCUUUCUCUCACCCGCCCGGCGCCGCGUCCCGCAGACCCAGCCUCCUACGGAGGAACCCGCGAGGACAGGGAGCACCUUCCCUAAAGCCAGGAGAAGGGGUCUCCCUGGGCAAGGACCUGCUCGCCCUGCCCGGGCACCUUGUAAAUUUCCAUUGCUGUGUUAGAAAUUACCAGGAAUUUGACACAUCCAAAUAGAAAAACUGAAAAUAAGAAGUCACCC